UAGUAUAGACUAGGUGGGAACGGGAGGGGGGGACCUUUGACAACACCUUUUGGUGAUAUAUGCACUUUGUAGUAACCUUCUAGAUGAAGUGUUUACGGUCGUAUAACGUGUAGGAAAUGCAUCAGCGAACUUAGCCGUCAAAGGGAGGAACUCGACAUAGAAGCUGACUAGUAUCUGCAAUACGUGUGGUGUUGAUGAAAUUUGUAAGAUAAAAAGUUAACUACGUAGAAUUUUUAACAUAACGUCGCUUUAGUUAGUCGUUCCCCAUAGGUUGUAGAGCACGUUCGUUUUUGUGUUGUUGUCAUACGCGAUUUGGCCUUGGUGGUAUACGUUAUUGUGGUGUGUACGGUGGACGUUGCUAUGGUUCGUACGUGGUUUUUCGAAUGUGGCAUUUGACUUUUUGUGUAUAGGGAUACACUUUACAGAAUCUAUCUCAUUGGAGUUUUAAGAUAACGCUAGACUAAUUGUUAUAUAUCUAAUCUAGUUUUGCGUGUGAAUUUCAGCGUUAGCUGUUGAAUCGUGUAUCACGCUACCUUGUAACGUCUUCGUAUAUUUGUGUAAUAAGUACCACUUGCUUUUCUGUGUCUAGCUAGAAUCUUGCAUGAUGAAUAUUUGUUUGAGAAUGUUAAAGAACAACAAGUAUAGAAAAAGAGAAAUGUAGAAACACCCAUUAUAACCAACUCACUGAUGCAUACGUUACUUAAACAUGGCCACUUUCCCAAGAUCUAGAAGCUCCUGUAAUGUUAGUAGUUCUCCCAAGCGUAACCUUGCUUUGACUAACCGGAAACAAGUCCCGUUUAGAAGUGCCAACCCAGAACAACUCCAUGAAUUUACCAUGGACUCUGUCAACCAAUCAGAAGUUUUUUCACCUACAGCAAGCCAAAGAGGUGCCAUUCUAUCCCCCGUGCGAGCUAGAACAAUGAAAGAAUAUGAUCAGCACAUAGCAGACCUCCGGAAAGAGAAUUUUAAUCUCAAAUUGAAACUGUAUUUUUUGGAAGAGAAGAUGGAGAAAAAAUAUGAUGGUGAUAGUAAAGAGCUCCAUAGAAUUAAUAUUAAGUUGCAAGUUGAUGUAGAAACUUUACAUAAAGAACUCGAGCAGAAACACAAGCUUUUACAAGAUGCUUUAGGGACUUUAGAAAAGUUAGAGCAAAGUCACAGGAGAGAAAUAGAAGAAUUAAAAGAAAGAAACAGUGAAGAAAAAUGCCAUCUUGAAGGGAAAUUGAUAGUGCUAGAAAAAGAACUCCAGCUUGAGAAACAAUUUAGAGUCAAAGAAAAUGAUCAGAAUAAUGAAGCUUAUAAACAAGCUUUUGGUUUGGAGACAAGUCAGGCUUCUCAUGCUAUAAAUGUGCCAAACAAGGAAGAUAAUAGCGAGCAGAACAAGUUGAAUAAAUUAGUGAAAGAUUUGAAAGAUGUAAUAUGUAAAAAAGAGGAAGAAAUAGAGGUUACAAGACAAAGGCUCUCAAAAGAAGAAGAAAAAAUUAAAAUUUUAGAAGUAAAAACCCAGAAGAGAGACAAGACAAUUCAAGGUUUGAUUCAAACUGUUAAUAAAAAAGAUAAAGAGAUACAACAACUCAACAAAAUAGUAGCAGACAGACAUGAAGCAAUAGAUUCUAUUGAUGGUGCUUUCAGCACAGCUCUUUACAAGGCCACAGUUGCAGCUUCUAAAGGGGCUAAAAAUGAUAUUGUUGUAGCAAGGGAAGAACUCAAAACAACUUUGAAAGAGGUCCUCUUCAGCAAUUCAAAAGAAGCAGGCACUGCUAGUGGUUCUGCCAGUUUUUCAAAAGAAGAUUUAUUAGAAGAAGUGCAGAGACUGAGAAUUGAGCUUCAGAUGAAGGAUGACAAUAUUAAAAUUUUAGGGCAACAGUCAACAGGUCGACUCCAGCAGGUGGAGAACUUACAGCAUAGCUUAAAAUUGCUGCAAGAAGAAAUGUCCAAGUCUGCUCAUCUGCACAGUAAAAUCUGUUCAGAAAAAGAUGCUAUGAUAGUUCAGCUUCAACAUUCCAUUCAGGAUACUCAAAAAACUAUGGAGGAUGUCUUUAUGGGGAAUGAUAAAGCUUCACUUGAACAAGAGUGCAAUGCCCUCCAUCAGGCUAUUAAAGAAAAAGACAACUUUAUUCAGGAACUUCUGAGUGAAAGAAACAAAACAGCAAAGGAAAUGGAAAAGUCACUUCAAGGUCUUCUUAAUAAUUUGCGUUUAAAGGAUUCUACUGUACAGGAAUUGGAAAAAAAAUUAAAAGAGGAUCUCCAAUGUAAGGAUGAAGAAAUUCAAAGGUUAAACAAAGAACUUAGUUCUUCAAAUGAAACGUUAAGAACUGAAAAAGAAGAAAAGGAAGCUUUAAAUCUACAGAUUGUUCAGCUUAGAGAAGCACAAAACUAUAUUGAAACUGAUUUGAAGAACAAAAAUGAAAAACUCAAUGAGUUAACAAUAAAGACUGAAGAAUUGACUGAGCAACUGAAAAAUGCAGAACAGCAAAAAUCCCAAAUAGAACAGUUCUUUAAAGAGAAAGAACAACACCUUCAUCAAGCCAACAUAAAUUUAAAUGAGGUUAACGCAGAAUUAGAAAGUAAAAAAUUGAUGCUAGAUCAUACCGAAAGUGAAGUUCAGUUAAAAACAAAAGAAUCAAAGUCAUUACAAAAUGAUUUAAACUUACUUCAGAGUGUACUGUCAGAAACGGAGCAUAAUCUUAGUGUUAGAAAUGAAGAACUUUCUUCAGCAUAUGAGACAAUUGAGAAACUAAAAUUAGACCUGGAAGAAGCCCAGAAAAAUGUGGGUCUUAUCUUUGAAGUGGGAUGUUUGACAGAACAAUUAAGAGAAGCUGAGGAAGAAAAACAUAAUUUGGUCAAGGAAAGAGAUGAAAAAGAUGUAAGGUUAGAGCAGAUGGUCAAUGAGCUAGAUAAUACCAGACAUCAACUUCAUGAGAAAGAAGUGGAAUUGGUAGAAAUUAUGCAACAUCUCGAUGGUAAAUCUAAUGAAUUAACCAUAUUAGAAACUGAUCUUCAAUUUUUACAAGAUUGUCUUGCCAAAGAAAAUGAUUUAAAUGCAACAGCAAACAAAAAAAUAAAAGAACUAAGCAAAGAACUUGAGAUUAUAAAAGCUGAAAUGGAAAAGCGUGUAGAAGAUAAGGAACAAGUGAUAACAGAUUUGCAAAUGAAACUGAAUGACAUUCAACUUGAUGCAAGUCAAAAACUUUCACAAGAAAACAGGGUACAUAAAAUUGAUAUGGCAUCACAAACAAACGAAGAUUCUUACCAGCAAUUGGAAGAAAUGAGAAAAGAGGUAAGAUUGCGAGAAAAGGCUAUUCUGCAGAAGGAUGAUUUCAUUUGCAAGUUGCAUAGUGCCUUGAAUACUAAGAAUGAAGAGCUUAACAGUGCCAAAAAUGAAAACAAGUCUCUCAGUGACCAGUUGAUGUCCAUUAAACAAGAAUUAGUUACGCAAAAGAAAGAAACUGAAGACCUAAAUAAAAGAAUUGUAGAAAGCAUACAGGAAAGAGCUGAUCAAGAAUCACUUGAUAAACCUGCCUUAGAUUUUCAGAACCAGACUGAAGAAAUGAAAGUUUUACUAGAUGAACUGCAACAAAGUAAACAAAAACAAAAAACUCUACAAGACCAAGUUAAGAUAUUGGAGGAAGAAUUAUCUCAAAUUAAAGCAAAUAAAUCUCAAGAUAGAGCAAAAAGUAAUGAAAUACAAAAAAUUUCUCCAUCUGCUGAUCUGAUGAGUACCAUUGACAAUCUACGAUCUCAACUUGAUGAAAGCAAGCUACGAAAUGAAUCCUUACUUUCACAACUCAGUUCUGUCGUAGUACAUAUGGCUUCCAUAGUCAAAAGGCAGAGUUUAAUAUCUCCUCAAGAAAGUCAUGAGGGAAAACUAUCAGAUAAAGAAAAUGAGAGAGAAGUUUAUCGUUUGCAAAGAAUGAUGAAUAAUCUUGAAAAGUUCCUGAAAAAUGAAAGAAAAUUUCACACCAAUAUAUGUGAUGAAGAUAGUCAUGAGAUUGAAAGAACAUCCAUACCUCGAGCACAAAGUGAACCUCUGCGUAAAGAGGAGAAAGGAAUCCAGACAAAAGAUAGGUGUUUAAGAAGUACUACACCACCAUUUUCUUCAACUCAGCUUCAAACAUUGACUGACAUACACUGUUUGGAACAUGAUCAGGUGUAUAGGUUGAAAGACUUGUUGUCUAAAGCCCAACAAGAGAUUCAAGUCCUUCAUGCUCAAAAUGAAAACAAUGAAACUGUUGCCAGAAAGCAGACAGCUCUAGCUAAUUACUACCGAACUCAGCUGCAAGAAGCUGGCUGCUUUAGACUACCUGAGAAUCUUCUGUUGAGUAAGAGUGAUGGUGAUGUAACAAGCGGAAAAGAACAUAGAGACAUUGAUGUAACGUCUUCCAUGUCAAAGACGAAUCAGCUUUUGAUGGUUAACUCUGUUUCUCAACCAAAUGUUGAUAACCUUUCACACGGAAAGAAGCAUAUUUUAGAAACUGUAAACAAGAGUAUGAUCUCUCCAAAUGUCCGUCACAGCUUACCUGCAUGCUUAGAUGGUGGUAGGAAGAGUGGUGGGUCUCCCUUGUGGAAACAACUUCAGUCCCAUAACCUCUCACACUUUGGUCAUUCAGAUGAUGUCUGCCAACUGAAAGAAGAAGUCUGUGUGCUUGUCUUGAGAAUAGAGCAACUAGAAAAACAGGCUCAGAAUAGUCUGGGAAAUGUAGAUAACACAGUUAUGCAUCAUGAUGAGAUGGACAAGCUGCAAAAUCAACUAUUCUAUUCCCAGAGAGUUUGUGAAUUACUACAAUCUCGUCUGGAGGAGCUUGCUGACUUCUUGGAAAAGCUUCUGGUUUAUGAUGGUAAUGGCCACUUAAACUCCAGUAUCUUGACUCCUGAAUGUGUAGAUCGUGUGAGGCAGUUUCUCACAGAAAGUAAAGAACUUUCCAGGACCUUGUCACAUAGUUUGAUAGUUUCUGGAAGUUCUAGUGUAUUUGAAGGCGAUAGUACACUUUACUCGUCUGUUCAUCAUGACAUUCGAGAACAACCUACAGUUUCCAGCCAUCUUGGGGACUUAAAACUGAAUAGAAACUCAAUUCUGGACCACAGUGACUUAAUGAAGGAUAAAACAUCUCAAAGGGACAACGACCAGAUGGAUGAAAUAGCUACAGAGUUGCAUAGGUUAAAAGUGCAAGUAGCAGACCUGGAAUUUGAGAAACAGCAGCUGAAACUACAAGUGAAAAAUCUCCAGAAUGAAGAAAGUGAAACAAGUGAAGGUAGGGAUAUAGACAGUACUGCAAUAUACAGUGCUGAUGAAGUUUUGUCCAGUGUAUCUUCUUUCCAUCAAAAUCAUAGUUUGAGGAAUGACAUGCUGACACAUUCUAGAUACCAUUUGGUGUCUGAUACCUUUACAGAUGGUGUAAGAAAGGAAGGUCAGAGCUGGGAACAAGCAGGACAAGUUGUUGUGUUGGAAGCUUCAGAUAGUGAUGAUAUUCUUCUUCUCUUAAAUGAUUGUGGAUUGCCACUACACAAUUCACUGGAGAAAGAUGAAGCAGCUGUAAACCCAACCACACAUUCUUUACCACAGCAGCAAGGAGAAAGAUUAAAUUUUAGCCAGAGAAAUUUAGCUGUUGUGAUGAAAGGUGAGCCAGAAAUCUCGAGAUCGAAGCAUGUGAUCUUUGGAAACCAACAGCUAUCGGGCAUUGUUAAUGCUCAUUGUGUGUCCUGUCCGUCAUCUGACUCUGACAUAUGGUCAGAACCUGAUCGUAAUGUAUCUCUUCAGAGAAUGGGUAUGACCUCAGACAAUAGUAAUUUGUAUGGGCUUGUGGCCUAUCAGAAGUAUCCGAGGAAACAAUGUUCUGGAGAAGACUGGCAUUCAGGUGAUAGUUCCAAUAGUGCAAAAGAGACUGAGAAACUGGCAGUUAGCAGUGCUCGGAAAGCAAGGAAACAGAAGCUACAUCCUGAUUUUCAUAGAAUUGAAAUGCGUCUUCAGAAUGUUGAAAAACUUAAUGGAACUUUACAGAAUGAGUUACGUUCACAUCAAGAAGUCAUUGGGAAAAUGUUGGGCAAGAUCUCAGACAUUACUCCAUCUGGAGAGAAAUCAAGUCCAAUGACUGCUGUUCCCAGAGGCUUAAUAGAAGAUCAUCUCCAUUCUCUAAAGGUUUUACAAGAAAAACUUGAAAGAGCUAUAAUUUCAAAUGAGCAGUUGACAGAAACAUUGAGAGGAAGAUUAGAGGUGGAACAAGAACUUGAAGAGAAAAACCAAGCAUACAGUAAACUUUUGGAAGCUAAAAACCAGUUGGAAAAGGAAGUAAGCAUGAAAGGUCACUUACAUCAGGAAGUUCACACAAGACUCCAAAAUCUAAUGGAAGAUGUUAGUGACCUACGGGCUAGACUUUUUGAGAAAGAUCAGCAAAACAAACGUGCACAAGAUACGAUGGUUGCCAUGGAGAAAGAUCGAGAAGCUAAACAAAAACAGUGUAAGGAAGUUCAAGACUGGAACUUUAGACUUCAGAAGGAAAUAGAAGAAAAAGAAAACAUCUGUAAAAGUUUACAAAAAAAAAUAGAAGACUUUAUGGAACAAAAUGCAACUCUUGAAAAUCUAGUGCAGCAAAGUGAUAGACGCCUAACUGAAAUUUAUGAAAAGUAUCUGAAAAAUAAUAGGUCAGAGGAGGAAUGUACUAAACUGGAGAAUGAAAUUAGUAAGAAACAAAGGGAAGUAAGUGAACUGUUUAGAGCAAAUGAAAAUUUACGUAAUCAAUUUAUUGUGAAAGAAAAACAAGUUGACACUCUCGAAAACGACAAAUCACUGUUGAAUUUGGAAGUAUCAAAACUCAAUGAUAAAUGCAUCAUCAGUGACCAAACAGUUUCACAGCUUAAAGAAGAGUUAUCAAAUACGAAAGAAAAACUUGCCAAAAUAGAAAAAGAUUGUUCAGAGAUGAAAGAAAAAAUUCAUCAGUCUCAAACUAAUGAAAAUAAUUUUGUGACAAAAGUUUCUGAAACAGAGCAGCAACUUCUCAAAGCUCAGUAUCAGGUUACAGAGUUACAGAAUAAACAUGAAUGGUUGGAAGAUCAGUUACAUACAAAAGAGGAGAAACUGGAGCAGUUUAGUAACAAAAUAUCCUGGUUAGAGAACCAAAUUGAUCAGAAACAGAAAGAGCUUGAAUUAUCAGCAGACAAAUGUGUUAGGUUACAAAGAGAAUUCCAUGAACACAACCAACAGUAUGAAGUAGAAAAAACUGACUUUGAAAAACAACUAAAAGAAAAACAAGAAGAGAUUAAGGAGUUAAAGUAUGAAUUGAAACUAAGGGAGGAAGAACACACUAAAUUUCAGGAACUAGAAAUAAAAUGGGCAGAGCUAGUAAGAGAAAAUAAGAGGCUUCAAAAUAGAAUAGCUAAUUUGGAAGAUAAGCUUCAGGAAAAAUAUGAUAUUCAUGAUGAAAGAGAACUAAAAUUUAAUGCUCUAGAAAAACAAGUAACUGAACUUGCUAAAAUGAAUGAGAAUUUAAAUAACCAACUGAUUGUGAAAGAAAAACAAGUUAACAGCCUCGAGCAAGAUAAAUCAAUGUUGUCUUUAGAAGUAUCAAAAUUCAAGGAAAAGUAUAGUACCACUGAUCAAAUGAUUUCACAGCUUAAAGAAGAGUUAUUAUCAACUAUGACAAAACUGGCCAAAAUGAGAAAAGCUUGUUCAGAAAUGGAAGAAAAAAUUCAUCAGUCACAGACCAGUGAAAACCGUUUUGUGACGAAAGCUUCUGAAACAGAACGGCAACUUCUCCAAGCUCAGUAUCAGGUUACAGAUUUACAGAAUAAACAUGAAUGGUUGGAAGAUCAGUUACAUAGAAAAGAUCAGAAGCUUCAACAGUUUAGUGACAAAGUAUCCUGGUUAGAACAGCAAAUCAAUCUUAAACAGAAGGAGCUUGAAACAUCAGGAGACAGAUGUUUGAAGUUACAACAAGAGUGCCAUGAAAACAACCAACAGUAUGAAAUUGCCAAACAUAACUUUGAACAACAAUUAAGAGACAAAGGACAAGUGAUUGAGGAGCUAAUGGAGAAAGUAACUUGCUUAAAACAACAAGUAAAAGAAAGAGAUCAAGAGCAUGGUAAACUUCAGGACUGGAAUAUGAAGAUACAAGAAACCAUUCAGGAAAAAGAAGUAAAAUGGAUAGAAGAAUUAAGUGAAAAAAACAGACUUCAAAAUAGAGUAGAUGCUUUGGAAGAGGAAAUCAAGCACUUGAAGGAGGAAGAAAGCAGCAAGAUAGACAAUGGAAAAGAGCAUUCUGGAUACCGGUUUUCAGAGUUUUUUAAAGAAAAAUCAAGGUUGGAAGAAGAAUUAAAUGCAACACAGCAGAGGUUAAGAGAAGUUACUCAACUAAAUAAAUCACUGCAGGUUGAACUGAAAGUUAUGGAUAAAUUGGGGAUUCAAAAAGAUGAUCACACUAUUGUUGAAGCCCAGGCAGAACAACUAGAAGAGACCAGCAAAACGUUACUUCUAGAACUUGUUGGGGAGCUGCGACAGCUCAGAUCAGCUUUGGCAAAAAGCACUCAAGUGAAUAGUAAGCUACAUCGACGAAUCAAACAGUAUUCAAGUAAAAAAGAAGGGACUAAUUCCAAGCUACACAGUGAGAAUACUGUCUCUCCUGUAAGCAGUUUGUCUCUUGCAAGUAGUGGUAAUUUUCCAAUUGCUAACAUCCAGCCAGGAGAUUUGGGCAAAAGCAGUCCUUCAGAGUCUGUGUAUUCUCUGAGAGGAGUUCCUUCUUAUCUUCAUCAUAGUGAAGUUCAACAUGAUUCAGUUAACUUGACACAAUCAACCUGCAAGAAUGAAAUUGAAGAUAACAAAUUUAUAGCCAUGAAACAGAAAUCUACCAGAAAUGUAUCACGUGCAAGUUCCCUUCCAAAUGGUCAUAUAAACACAGAGGUAAACAGUUCAGAUGGAUCUAUCCAUCGUAGUGUAUUCAGGCAUGUUCCUCAACAGCUGUCAAGUGGUAGUGCUGACACAGAGACACCUCUAGAUACAGUAUUGUCAAGUGAUGCAAUUCAACCACAUCUGAUAGAUCAGAACAAAAGAAUCUCAUCAGAUCGGUCUUCACGUCAGUCCAGUGGUGAAAAAGAAGGAUUUCGACAUGGUUCUAAUGGAACUGAAACACCUGCCAGUGGAAGACCUUGCUACUCCUCACCUGAUCUUGGUAUUGAAUCAGACCCAAACCGUGAAGGUGGGGACUUGGCAAUCAGAGAAGGACAGGAAACUACCACAUGGAAUCAACUUGCUGACCCUAAAUGGUCUGUAUCAUCCAGCCACUCAGCACUAGACUCUGUAGGAAUAAAUAACAAGACAAAUGGAAGUUUAAGUAGGUUACAUAAAACAUUUGCUGGAGAACAACUUCCACAAGAUAUGAUAGGUCUAACUGGCCGUGAUUUCUCAGUUUCAACUCCAGAACUUUGUGAUGCUAUGCUUCAUGCUGUGUGCUGGUUGAAGGAUUAUGAGUUAUUGAAAAAGGAAAUAGGAGAGAGUCUUGUCUUACUGAGAGGUGUGGAGGCUCGUGUCAAAAAUAGACUAAAUUCCAUUAGUGUGCGAAACACUAGUGCAGACAAAAGUUUAGAAUAUAGCACAAUGAAAGAGAUUAAUACAAACUGUGUAUAUCUUGGCGGUUGUCUGGAGAAGUCUUGGGAUAUUAUUGCUUGUUUUUGGGUGACAUCUGUUCCUCUCAAAAAAGCUGUAUCAUCAACAUCACUCAGUCCUUUGAUCAUAGAGAAUCAGAAACUUCGAGAUGAGCUGUUUGAAGUAAGAAAUCAGCUUUCUUCACAACAUAAACAGUUAGAAGAAGCUAUGCACAAGCUAUCUUCUGUUAAAUUUAGAAAAGAGGGAAUGGAGAAAGCCAUUACUAAGCAAUUAACUAAGACAAGACGUGUUCUUCAACAAGCUAAAGGCAACCUAGCAGAUGGGAAAAAACAAGAAAAACCAACCAAACGUCCUGUAGCAGUUGUUCGGUACAGUAAAGGUGAAAGUGAAAAUCUUCCAGAAAAUAGAAGCAGGGUGUAAGGUGAUGAAGUUUCCUGGAUGGAAAAAUGUUCUAGGAAAGAACUAAAAAUAAACACAGGAAAUAGUAGUAUUUUUUUUUCCCAUUUGUUAUGGAUACAUAUAAAUGUUACUGCAUAAUUGGAAAUAUACCCGUUGUUGUACAUAUACUGCCUGCUCUUUUCUUUCCUUAGAACCUUAUUCUUCCUAUAUCAGGUUGGAAAAUGAAUUCUUAUUUGAAAAACCUUCAGCCUGAUGUUAAAGAAUUGUGUGGGUAGCUGUUAUACCCAUUGUUGACAUAAAACAAAUAUUAGUUAGUACUUUACUAGACUAUCCUUUGAUUGACAACAUAACUAAUUGUGAACCAAAACAAAUUUUUUAAGCAAGUGCUGAAAUACAAAAGAAUUAUUGGAUAAUUUUGUAUAUUUUAAGCUUAAACAUAGUUACAAGUGUGGUGAAACCACAGGUUCAAAUUUUGUAAAAAUAUUUUUCCCAAAUUUUAAUUUAGAAGAUCAAAGAAUAAUCCCUCCACUGAGACAAAGUGCCAACACCUUAAAAACUUCUUCAUAUGUGAAGGACAGGUUGUUUACACUAUCUUAAUAAAUCAUUGUUAAAAUAAAUGAUUGGUAAAGAUUGAAAUGAUAUCAAACCUUUCUCUGUUACGGGUGAUUAUUACUUUCCAUACAAGGUAUGAAAUGUGUGAAUAUUUUUGGAUUGAGGCCUUCAGAAAGAAAAAGUUAUUGUAUGAACAGGCCCAUAUGUACAAUAUAUGUAUUUUUCUGUAAUUGUUAUAUCAGAGAAUGUGGUAACUAAUGAUUGUACAUUAUGCAUGAAUGUUUGUAAAAGUUGAAUUGUACAUUGCUAAAAUAUGUAGUAAUGGAAAGCUGGAAGUUUCACUUUAAAAACCAAGGUUGUGAUCUGAAUUAAAACCUUUGGUCAAAGCUCUGUUUUAUAUUUUAGUGGAUGAUACUCGAAGCUAAUCAUCAAAAAAAGGUUUAAUAUGAUAACAUACUUCAUGUUUUGUGUGUGUGUAAUAAAUAUUCAAAGUAAUUUGGGCAAAAAAUUACUAUUUUACAUCAUCUUACAAUCAAUAUUCAUAACUUAUCCUUUUAGAGCACUUCAUAAGAGACAGGCCAGACGUCAAUAUGGCAAUGAAUAACAACCUAACCUACUAAGACAACAUUGUAUACACAAGUAUUAAUAACUUCCAUAUGAAAUCUAAGUGGAUUGUGCAAAUAAAUUCCAUACAUUUUGUGAUACAUCUAAUCUAAAAGUAACCUAAAAACAGUAGUGUGUUUGUGUGUGUGUUAAAAUGCAAGAAAGACAGAUGGCAUAUCAAAUAAAAUGGAAGAAAAUAAUUGUAAUUGUCUGCUAUUUAGUAUUUAUUUGUAUAAAAAAAACCUUUAAACAUGAUGGUUAAGAAGUGUGCUAUGUCAUGUUGAUCUUCAGCCUGUAUAUACAAAGACAAGAAAUGUAGUACAGAAUUCAUGUGCUUCUGAAGCAACAACAGAGAAUCUAGUGGUGACCUUUGACACCACUUAAAAAACAUACUAAUUCUUCCAGAAUAAAAUGCUAUGAAAAAAAAAGCCAGUUUUACCAUUAAGCAAAACGAAGCUGAAAGUGAAUGUAGUGAAAUAAAGAGAGCAUUUACUGUAAGAC